AUGCAGAACCUCGCUGGGUACGGCAGCGACUCGGACUCCGACAGUGAACGAGAUGGACGGGCAGCGAGUGCCGUGGCGGGUUCUUCGGGCGCAAGGUUGCAGGCUACAUCUGACCCUGCGACCGCUCCUCCAGCCGCCUUGAACCGGAUCAAAGGCGCCGCCUCGCGCUCGCAAUCUCCUCUCGUCGGCGUCCGUCUCCCAACCUCGACGACGAACUCGCCCAGACCUUCGCCUAUUGCACUCGGCAAACGACGAGAGUCGUCGAGUAGUCCGCCGCGCUUCGAACGGGAAGGGCAAGACGGGCGGGGAGAGGCGGGACGGAGACAGGCUUCAACGGAUUACGGCUCAGAGGAUGGAUCGCGGCCCGUUCCGAGCGUCAGGCUGGACACGCUGGCAGAGUUUGGCAUCCCUCCGGUACCGACAGGGCCAUGCAAGCCAUCCGUCGAGGCGAAACUCACCAACUUCCACAACCUGCGUGUCUCCCGAGGCCUGCACUUCAACGACUCCCUGCACGCGUCGAAAGCGUUCCGCAACCCUCGCAUCUACGCCAAGCUGGUCGACUUCGUCGAUGUCGACGAGACGGGCACGAACUGGAACAAGGAGAUCUGGGAUCCGAAGAACAUCGGUGCGGACGCUUCGGCGACGCGGAUAGCCGAACUGCAAAAGCUCCGCUCUGAAGCAAAACAAGCUACAGCAGGCCAGCGCACUUCAAUCGCCUUCACCGCUCCCUCCACUUCUGCCUCUCAUUCUCGUGACGACGACCGGUCAAGACAUCGAGAUGACCGGGACCGGCCGAGGGAGAAGGAGCGGGAUCGAGGGAAGGAGAGCAAGCGGAGUCGAUGGGACCGCGACGUGAGGGACAGGAGUCGAAGUCCUAGGAGGCGAUAG